CUUCACCAAAGGUACUAUGGAUGCAUUCCAAAGCGGCCAUCUAUAACCUUUUCGACGGUAUCAGAAAAUUUCUCCGAUUACGUUUACAGGGCCGCCCUAACCACGGCCUGAGGUUCCUGCUGCUUAAUAGAAGAUACUGUGCACUUUCUUAGCACGUUAACUGUCGUUCGUUAGGGCUGCUGGGAACUGCUUGGAGCCUUGGAGGGCGCCUAGGAGCAACACGAGACUGCAGGCUAUCCUGCCUACUGCCUAAUGCCUAAUGCCGAUGUUAUGCGGAAGAACUACUUAAUGAGGGGGAUGCAUCGGUGAGGAGCUCGCUUAUCAAUGCAGCGAGACACCGGAGCUAUCCUUUCAGCAUCGCUUACUACACCGCCCAGCAACGCUUGGACGGGCUGCAGCGAGAAGCCGGUCUCCGGCUUGUCCACCCGGACCGACCGGAAAUGUAUCCGGCGCGUAAGGGCUCGAAGUGUCCGUCGGCGAAGCCCUUGCGCGGAGCCCGAGCCUCAGCAGCGCUGUCAGCAUAAAGCUUCCAUCGACAAGAGACCAGCGCCUAUGCAGCCCUGGACGCUCAUCACUUUCUUAAUAGCCUUUUUCCUUGCCAGCCGAGGACUCUUUGUGCAUGGGUUGACAAACGAGUACUGCUCCUCAUUCAAGGGAACAGGCAUAUGUCCACCAUGCCGUUCCUCAUCAGACCUUUGUCAGCCCGUGGACCAGUACUGGCUCAACUCCGACUACUGCCUGCUGCCAGACAGCCUGGGCGACGCGGCCUGCGGCCCCACCAUGAUAUACGACAUGGUCUCCGCUAACGACCGCUCCACCAGCGCCGGCAAGCUCAUCGUCUUCCAGUCCUCCGACGACUUCCUCUACCUCACCUUCCGCCUGGACUGCCCCUACGCGCUACGCCCCGGUCUGGGCCUGGAUCUGCCGUACAGUCUGGGCGUGUUCAUCUGGAACAGCACCGAGCUGCAGGGCUCCCCGCAGUACAGCGACGGCCUGACGCUCUCCACCGACGUCUACACCUGCCUCACCGUCGCCAUCGACCUCACCCACGUCUGCGACCCCGCGCGCUCCUCCUACAUGCCCAACACGCCCAGCGCGCAGUCAAACUACGACUGCGGCUGCUUGCCCACCAAGCGCCCCUGCCCGCCCUCCAACCUCUCCCGCAAGCCGCUGGUAGUGGUGCAGCCCUCCUUCUACUCCGUCGCCUCGCCCGCCACCUGCAAGCCCGCCUCCACCAGCGUCCUCACCCCCUACAUGCUGUCCAGCUCUGACGGCUCCGGGCUGCUGCAGUGGGACAGCAGCGCGUGCGGACCGGUGGGCACUCCGCGGAAGAGCCCGCCCACCUCCCCCUCGGGCACCCGCAGUGACCAGCUGCCCGACCUGCCGCCCAUGUCGCCGCUGGCGCCGUCGCCCUUCCCGCCGCAGCCCAGACCCCCGCCGCCGCGACCGCCGCCGUCACCCUCGCCUCCGCCGUCACCGCCGCCAUCUCCUGCGCCUUCACCCCCGCCGCCUCCUUCGCCCGCGCCCUCGCCGCCACCACCCCCACCGCCAUCGCCAGCUCCACCACCUUCCCCUGCGCCGCCACCACCAUCUCCCCCACCUGUUCCGCCACCGUCCCCGCCAUCGCCCGCACCUCCACCGCCUCCCACUCCGCCUUCCCCACUACCUCCCACUCCGCCACCGCCCGUUCCUCCAUCACCUCUCCCUCCCUCCCCUUCUCCUUCCCCUCCGCCGCACCUGCCUCCCUCUCCCUCACCACCUUCCCCACCACCUCCAUCCCCAUCUCCCUCUCCAGCCCCCACGCCUCCGCCCUCACCGGAGCCCCCUCCUCCGCCCUCCGUUGAGCCCCCGCCGCUGCCUCCACCCGCUCCACCGCCGCAUGAGAACGUCGCGGAGUCCUUCUUCACCAGCGCCGGCGUGGGCAUGCUGGUGGGAGUGGGCGCGGUAGCCGUGGCCCUCAUGUGCUGCUGCGGCAUUACGCUCUACGUGUUCUGUCGCCGCAGCAGCCGCAAGCAGAUCAGCGAGGAGGGCAGCGAGGACGCGCCGCCGCUUGCCACCGCCAGCAACGGCGGGGACGACCGCUCGCUGAGCAAUUUCUCCUUUGCGAUCCACCGUGCGUAUGAUAAGGAGAAGCGUGGGAGUAGCGGAGGAGGCAGUGGCGGUAGCGGCAGCGGCAGUGGCGGCGGGCCGCUUGGGGACAUGGAGCGGGGCGGCCACCAUCACCCUCUGUACGGCAUGCACCCGGAUGGAGGCUCCACGGAGGGUCACAUCUCGCCCUCGCCCAGCUCCUUUGGCGAUGGCUUAGCGUCGCAGGGCCCGCAGGUAUACCUAGAGCUCGAGCAGGCAGCGGCGGCUGCACCCACCGUCCGGGACCUUCUCAACGCGCAUGCAGCCGCAGCAGCAGCCAUGAGCGCCCAGGCCAGGCAGCUCGCCGCCAAGGGAGGGGCCGCCGCUGCUGCUGCUGCUGCCGCUGCAUCCUCCACUGCCGGCCGGCAGCUGGAGAUGCAGCCUCGUCGCGGGAAGGCCGCCCGGGACUUCUUCGGCGCUGCCGCCUCCAAGAUCGCCACCGCUGUUGCCACGGUUACCAGUGCUGUGCCCGAGCCGCCUCCGCUGCUGCUGCAGCCGCCGCCGCUGCUGCACCCGGCGGUUUGCUCGCUGGAGUCAUCCGCGGACUUCGGCGGCAGCGGUAUGGCAGAUCUGGGCGCCGCAGGAGGAGGAGGGCUCAAGUCGCUGACAGAGGGCGCAGGUGCCAGCAGCGCGCAGCAGCUGAGUGGAAGGUCCAGUCUGGCAACGGUAUCAAGCGUGGGCGGCGGAUCCAGCAGCGCAGCGGUGCCGUCGGGUCCACUGGCGACCCGUGGGUCUGUGGGGCAGCAGUGGAAGCAGCAGCAGCAACAACAGCAGGUGCCGCUGCUGCAGCCGGCAGUGGCGGCCAGUGCCUUGCUGCUGCAGACCCGGCAAAGCGGUACAUUGGGUGCGGGAGCGGCUGCAAACGCCGCCGCGGCGGCUGCUGUAUCUGGUGUGUCAGACGGCACGGCGGCGGUUUGCGGCUCGGGUCACGUCAGCGGUGCGUCCAGCGGCGUCAUCAGCCCCGUGCAGAGCCAGGAGCUGCUGCUGUCGCCACGGGCCAGCGGGACACUUCCUUCCAGCAGACAGAGCCUGACCAACGUCAGCAGCGGCGGCGGCGGCGGAGGUGGCCUCUCCAGCCCCUAUCCGUCCGUCCUCGCAGUGCCGCCGUCUGCCAACCCCGCAGCAGCAUUAGUCUCCGCCACUAGCGGCGGCGGCGGAGGCCAAGCCCUAACAGGCAGCAUUGGCGCCGGCGGCGGCGGUGACGCCAGCAGCAGCCGUAGCACCACAUCGGCCUAUCCCUCCCUCUUCGGUGAGCCUCCUAACACUACCACCACCGCUGCUGGCGGCUACCCUAGCCCCAGUCCCAAGCGCCCGGCGCCGUCUCCGCUGGCGCCCAUUCCCUACUGCGGUCCUCUGCACCUGCCCGAGAGCACCUUCGCCACCCACGCUCCCCUCAACCUGGACGACGACGACGAUGACGACGCCGCCAGCCAGCUCAGCGUCAAUCUGGCGCCGUACGGGUCGGCGGCGCUGGCGGCCUGCUCGCCCGUCGCUCCCGUGGGGUCCACCUCCUCCGGUGACACCGCGGUGACGCUGUUUAGCCCCUCGCUGAAAGGCCGAGGCAGCGGCGGCGCUAAUGGCAGCGGCAGGUUUAACUCAACCACCGGCGGCGGCGGCGGAGGCAGUUCCUUUGGCUCCUCGUCCGGACGGGGCAGGGGCGGUGCAACAACCGCAUCCAACAACAGCAGCAGCGACACGAACAACAACAGCUGCCGCCCGCUGUCGCCCUUUGCCUUGGGCGGCUCGUUGCAACGGCUGCCGCCAGCGCCGACGCCGCUGUCCCAGCGGACCAGCGGGGGUGCGGCGGCGGCGGCGGCGACUUCUGAUAGCGGUGGCGGAUUCUCGUUUAGCAGCGGCAAUAGCGCUGCAGUAGUAGACGACGGGCCGCCACUGCUGAUGCCUGCCGCUUCCAUUGACGCGGCUCGUGACGGUCUACACCUCUCCGGCGGUGUCGCGGCGCCGGGAACAUCAGCGUCCUUCGUCGCGCCAGGAAGUCGCAACGCGGGGAAGUCAGGGCAGGACGGCAGCCCCCUACGCGGCGCGUUCAGUGUGGGCUGUACCCCCGCCUCGCCCUCGCCACCGCGCCAUGCCUCCCCUCCGCUGUCCACGGCAGCAGCCGGCCGUCAUUCACCGCAGCCCCUGCGGACCGCAGCCUCCGGCGGCCCUCCCCCGCCGCACCUACGUCCCCUGGAGGGCCCCCACGGCUCGCUGCUACAGCCACCUCAGCCCGCAGCGCUGCAACCCCGACGCAGCUUACCUGCACCAGGCUCCUUUGGCAUCCCCGCGCCCGGCACCCUGGGCGGCCGCAGCAGCAGCCCACUCCUACCCGCCUCCGCGUCGCUCUCUCCUCCCUCGCGCUCCCCCUCACGCGCCCCAGCCUCACACCACCAGCCCGGCAGCAGCGGGCGCUUCUCGCCGCCCCCGCUGCUGCCCUCCGCCGCCUCCGCCCCCGGCCUCCGCCACUCGAGCUCCGCCGCUGCCCUCGCCGCGCUGCCUGCUUCCGCCUCCAUGACCUCCGCCUCGAGCACAGGCGAGCUUGCCAACACCAGCAGCAGCAGGGCGCCGCGCUCCCCGGGGGGCUCCCCUUCAGCAGGGAUAGGCGUAGGAAGCAGCACAUGGGGCGCUGCCGGCGGCGGUGGCGGCGCCUUCCUAGAUCUCGCCGCGAUCCGGCGGUAUUGCAGUGAUGAGGACGGCUGCUCCUCCUCGGGUAGUGGUGGCGGUGGUGGUGGCCGGGCGGCGGCUGCUGGCGGCUGCGACGGUGCGGGUGAGGAGCUGCCUCUUGCGGGCGCCCCGGGGGAGGGGCUGGCGGCGGUGUACACGGCGGUAUGCAAGCUGGAGCCGGGGUCCAUCUUCUGCAGCAAGUACAAGAUACGCGAGGCUCCGCUGCUGGGUCGUCACAGCGUGGUGCUGCUCGCCAAGAACAUCUACAGCCGCAGCCGGGUAGCCAUCAAAUUCCACGCCAGCAGGCGGCAGUACGAGCGGGAGAAGGCGGCGCUGCAGUCGCUGUCCUCCACCUACGUGCCUGCGCUCAACGAGCCGUUGGAGGGUCCCGCCAUGCAAGCCCUGGGGCUGCCUCCCGCGCUUGUGCUGGAGGCGGGUCGAUGUACACUUACCGAAUGGUUGCGUGGCAGCGGAGGAGGAGGAGGACGAGCGGGAGGGUGCGAGGAGGGAGGUGGUGGCGGGGGCGGUGCGGGUGUGGGGGCGGCCCCGAGGGACCUGCUGUCACUCAAGUCGGCGUUGCAUCAGGUGCUGGCGGCGCUGAUGCACCUGCACGGGAGGAGAGUGGUGCACCGGGACAUCAAACCGGCGAACAUCAUGUGGUUUGAGGAGGCCCACCGCUUCAAGCUCAUCGAUCUCGCGGAAUCCGCCACGCUAGGCGAGGCAGCGCCCCCCUGCUGCACGCCGCUCUACUCCCCGCCCGAGCAGCUCAAAGCCGCACUGGAGGGCCUGUCCUGCGCCGCCACCGUCACCCCCGCCGCCGACAUGUGGGCUUUCGGUGUGGUGGCGUUCGAGGUGCUCAGCGGCAGCCGCUUCUACGGCCCCUCCCCGCGGCUGCCUGAGGUGCUGGAGGCGGUGUUUGGCCACCGGCAGCUGCCGUGCGAGGGCGAGCACAGCGCCUUGGCGGGGGUGGAGCUGGCGCAAGCCCGGCGGCUGAUCGCACACCUGGUGGUGCGCAACCCGACGCAGCGCUGGUCGGCGGCCACUUGCCAUGCCAACGCGUUGUUCGCAUCGGGGGAUGACACCGACCAGCGGGCAGCCAAGUGGGACACAAUGCUGACCCGCAUCACGGAGGUGCAGCAAGUGGUGGCCAGCACCACGGCCGAGGUGCGGACCGCGCAGAUGGCCAUCAACUUCACCAUUUGCGAAGCGGCGCCCGCAGGAGGAGGUCUGGACCGCGCCUACUCCACCGCGUCCACCGCCUCCGGCAGCGCAGCCCCGCCGCGGCUGCAGCACAUGGACAGCAGCCGCAUCUCCCGCCGGCUGGUGUACCGGGAGGUGCCCAUGACGCAGGACGACUGCCUGCCCGGGGAACCCAUCUUCAUGCUGCUGCUGCGGCGUACCUACCAGAUCCGAAUCACGGUGGCACAUGCGCGCGGUCUGAAGCUGGAUAUUGCGGGCAUCGAGCAGCUCAAACUAACCACCCCCGACAACCACGAACAGCUGCUGCCCGUACGGCUAGAGAAGGGGCUACGAGACGGUACGACAGAAUUCAUAGCGGACUGGGACCCCGGGGCGACUCGUUCGAGGCACCUGCUGACGGUGACGGCGACGGAGGGGCCGAUUCAGCGGCGUGUUGUGUUCCUGAAUGCGGAGUUGGAGCUGCAGCUGUCGGGUCUGGCUGCUCCCAUGAGGGUGAACGCCAUGUUGUACGUGGUGAUGGAGAAGCACAGUUUCAGGUACCGCAUGGCGAAGAUCAAGCUGUGGACUGCGGACCGGUGGAGCCAGGCUCCGCAGUGGAUGCGGGACGUGGCGCGGGGGACGAUGGUGUUAGUGCGCGUGGCGGGGAAUGUGGUGGGAGUGUAAGAGAGUGAGGUUGUGAUGACGGGGAGAGAGUGCGCGUGCAGGCGGAUGGCCGGGGGCUGUGCGGGUUCAGGAGGUAUGAUUGUUUUUGAAGACGUUAAACGGAUAUGUAUUUGCGUGCGGGGUGGCGUGUGAUUGUUGCCGGUUUGUUUAUAUUCAUUGCAAGCCAUGGCAGUUCGUGGCGGUUGAUGCACUGAGAGGUACGGGUACGGGCCACUGCCCUAGGCAUGAUGUUGCUCGUCCCUGACAGCUUCAGGAGUGUUGUAUGGUCAUGCGCGGGGAUGCCAGCUUGUGCGAACAUGCGCGGAAGGUGUGGUGGGUCACUGCGUGCUGUUAUGUCGUCACCGGGCCGGUUUGAGCUUGAUGUUUGCAUGCGUUGGGGUGCGCACCUGUGCAGAGGAGCAACUUGCAAUGACGGAAAAAAAGUGCAAGCCAUUGCGGCCGGGCUUCGGGGCACGGUGCGUGGGGGCAGCAUGCUGUGCAGAAGAAGGAGCUGCAUGCCUUCAAGGUUGAUGGCGGGUUGGUAUAUAAGUGUUGGCAGGAUGAGUACGGCGGUACGACGCGUUCCAAAGCAGGUGGGUUCCCGUGUUGUGAAAAUUUGAAUUUGUUGGGUUGCCUUGCUAAACCAAACUGACCCGCACAUACACACACGCGCUGCAAGGGGUCAUGCAAGCGAAGCGAAGAACUGCUGUGUGGUUAGCAUUGAGUUGUCUCUGUAUAUGUCUGAUGGGCGUUGUCCAGUGGCGGGGCCGCUUGGCGUCCUUCCUUAUUGUCGUUUCGUAAACAGAAAAAGCCACAUGCGGACAGUUGCAGAGCUAGGUAGCGAAACCUGGCUUGCGCAUCGGGGAACGGUGGUCCAAUGCAUGCUGUCCCGGACAUCAGUUGAGUUGGUUGUGCUGCGCUGCUGUUUGUGGCAGCGCCUUGUCGCGGUUAUCGGGCUUGGUAAAUCACCAAUACACCGGGCUUGCAAUGAACACUGCGGGCUGGUUUUAUUUCUACUACGGACAUGCGGGCGCCUGCUGUGGCGCCUCACCACAGUGCAAUGACAGUUGGCGGCGUACACGGUAGCCAGUCCUGCCUCGGUACCGUUGCUCGUCCUGUGCUGGGCUUGCACGGUGCCGAAGAUGGCGAGCAAGGGCUUGACGGCAUCUGGUGGGUGGUGCGUGUGACGUGGGUAGCGGUGCGGUUGGUGGCGCUACAACCCCAGCAGCAGGGUGCACUCCAGCUGCAUCAGCUGUCCAUGCGGUAGGGUGAGAGGGGUGCGUGCUGUCUUGGAAAUAGCAUGUGCAUAAAUUCAUGUCAGGCGAUCUCCAUUUGCGCGGUUGCCUAGCACGGUCGGCCCCUUGCUGAAGUGCGAAAACGUUUCUAGUGUACCGUAUUGGUCGGGGAUGCGGGGCAUGAGGGUACGCUGCGCUGGCGUGUGGUUCUUCCACCGGUAAAGGAUGCAAGAGGCAUCCUUUUAUGUAAUAUGCAAGCUCCAAA